ACGACUCCCUUGUAGAAUUUAAAAAGGACCAAGUAUGUCAAGCAGUCAAACGACAUCAGUUCUAAUUUUUAAAAAACAGAGGGACGAGUUUUCGGCUAGGAGUUCAGUUGGUUUAGGGUUUAUUCCUUCAUAGUUCAUUCCAUCUUUCCUCUGUCCUUCCUUCACUCAAUUGGUUGUUAACUGGUAAAAGUGAAGAGCACUAAUGGAAGAUGCCGAUAACAAGAAAUGCGGCGGGGUAUCGGUCUCCCACGAUUUCGAGGGAAAACUUUCCAUGGAAGCUAAGCUUAAGCAACUCCUCCGAAACAUAACCUCAGUGGAGAAUCAGCUUUGUUUUGAAGCUUCAAAGGAGUUCAUCAAGUUGCUAAAAUCUGAAUCUGGUUCGGAAUUCAUUCGUUUGUACCUUGAAAACUCUCCUAAGUGUAUUGAGCUCUCGCAGACCUGGGACUCUCAGAAAGGCAAUCCUGGAUUUUCGUAUGUACUCAAUCUGAUUGCAGCUGUUCUUAGCCACCCUUUCGGAAGAUCCGAAAACAAUAUGCAGUUGUUGGAUAAGUUUGCGCGUUGGGUUGUGGAUGAGAAAAUGGAUGAUUUGUACAAGGAGUUGAACAGUAAAGAUGUGAAGAGCCAGAAUUCGACAUUGUCUUUGUUAUCUGCAAUUGUGAGGCGCGGUUCGUGGUUAGCCGGGAAGGUGGCAAAAGUAUUCGAUUUUAGUCUUCCACUUUUUCGGAAGCCAGCCAAGUGGAAACCAAGGAAAGGUGAUGUGAACAGGAAACAUCCUUCAACUAGGAAGGCUUUUGUAGAGUUUGCCAUGUCCUUCUUGGAAGUGGGCAAUGCCAGGUUGUUGAGGGAAGUGUUGCAACAGAAGGAUUUGUAUUUGGGGGUGCUUCGCGGGCUAGGAAAAGAUGAAGACGAUACAGUGAUUCUUGUGCUAUCAGUUUUGCGUGAUCGUGUUCUGGUUCCCGAGUCAUUGGUGCCCCCUGGACUUAGGAGUGUACUUUUUGGUACUGUGACUUUGGAGCAACUGGUUAACAUUUCUGGUAGAGAUGAUGAAGGGGAAGCUGUGGAGCUAGCUCACAGUGUCUUGCUAAUGGUUUGUACAGACCCUUUGAAUGGGUUGAUGCCAGAUCUGGAGAGGAUUCCUAGUCCUUUAAGAGGCAAUCCAGGACGGCUAUUGGAUGUCAUGAAGAAGCUGAGAGCUACAGAAACAGAGUACCACAGAAACCUUCUACUGUCCAUUGUAAAAGCAAAGCCAUCUUUAGGCUCAGCAUACUUGGAUGCAUUCCCUUAUAACACUGAAGAUCCUGCAUCACCUAACUGGUUUGGUACCACUGUGUUGGCUGCAGAUCUCAUUUUCUCUGUCCAUGAUGGCUAUUCUUUUGGUUUUAUUGAUAUUAUGAAGCAAGAACCAAAAAGUAUUGAGUGUCCAGAACUCCGAAGUAUUCUAAAAUGCAUUUGCCCGUCUCCAUUUACUCGUCUGAUUAUCAACAAAGGCUUGCUUCAUUCUGAUACCCUCGUGAAACACGGAACUUUGAAGCUUGUAUUGGAGUCACUUAGGUUUUUUGACUCUCUAAUUGAUGCAUUAAACUGCAUACCCUCUUCUGAUAUCCAAAUGGCACCUAUGUGUUCUUCUCUCAAGCUAGAUAUAGUGAAUGAAGUCAGGAUUUUGCUUCCCGACCCCCAAGUUUUGUUCUCAUUAUUGUCUUCACUUAAUGACUACCAUAGAAUCAUGGAAUCACAUGUGAAAAGAGCAGCAGAUUCAGAAAUUUCAAUUGAAGAUGAUACAAGUAGCAGGAAAAAGUUGAAAAUUGAUAAAAGUUUGAAAGAAGAUAUUGAUAUUAUAGUCGGUGGGAUUAGUUCUUUCCAUUCUGAUACAGAUAUGCAAGGUUAUGGUGAAGGAAUCCUUGAUGAUGAUGAAUCAGUUCAAUGUAAAAAUGAAUCUCAAAAUUUAAAGCUUAUAAGAGAACUUUGGUCUGAGAACUCGUGUUCUUGUAAGGACACAGUUGAAGAUGCAGAAACAAUCUUCUACACGAAGUUGCUUGAUGUUCUGAAACAAUACUAUCGCACUAUGCCCAAUAUGAUGGAAGGGUCAUUUGAUUUCUUCAAACUUCUUCCGAGCAAUCCCUUGGCAUUGCCCAUUAUCUUGCAGCAUUCUUUGUUAUCUUUGUUAACUGAGGAUAUUGGUUGGUCCUCCACAUCUGAGACCGCCUCCAGAGCUCAAACACAGUUCUACAAGCAUCUACUUCCACUUCUAAAUUUAUUAAUUUAUUCACCAGAGAGAAGCAUCAAGGAUCACGCAUACGCUCUGGCAAAGGCAGCCAUGUUAAGUACGGGUGCAUUUGAUAACAACCCAAGGGAAGUAUGUGCAUGGUUCAUGUUUAUUCCUGGAUACGGUGAAGGCUAUGCUCUCGCUGGAGACUUGAAGCUAGAAAUAUUCAGAAAAUUGUCCUCUGGUGUUCUUUCCUUCCUUUGUGAUGCAGUCUCAACAGUUGGUAAUAAUAUGUUUAAAUAUAUGGAUCUCUUGAGGUCUUAUAUCCACAAAUCAGAAGAGGGUAAAGAUGUAUCAGCUACAUUCAGCUGCUUCAGUAUCUGUAUCAUGGAGAAGUGCCUAAGGAUACUAUGUUCUAAACCAAGUUCCUUUUCUUUGUCUGAGAAGUCAAUGAUUUCCUUCUAUGUUUGCAAUGCAUUUAAGUAUAUCAUGCAAACUCAGGUUGAUCCAAGAUUGUUGGCUUCCCUCACAGGUCGUUUGCUUUCUGAAAGACUCACAGAGUCUUACGACAUUGCUGCUGACUCCAACAGUUUCUGUGAGUGGACGCCAUUGAAGAAAUUAUUCCAAUUUUCGAGGGGCAUUUUACAAGGUCUAACUUGCAAUAGCUUUUCCACCAUUGUGGAAAUUGGGCAUCAUGAUAGUGCUUUCAAAAGUAUACUCCGUAAAGUUAGAAGUGUUUGUGAGAUGGAGUCUGAUGGGAGAUCUGUUGCGACAGGGAUUGGAUUUUCCUUUUCGAUGAUAUGCACUCAGCAGGCUGAUUUACUAAAAAAUUUCCCACUAACUAUAUCAUUAUCAAAUAAAAUGCUCAAGGUACCUUUCUCAAUCUUGAUGUUGAUAUUCUUUCUUGAACCUAAUCUUCUCGUCAAUGUGUCUAAAAUAUGGCCAGAAAUGUUCCUUACUGGUCUGGAAGGUGUUAUUGCUGGAUUACAAAGACACGAAGAACCAGAAGAAUUUGGCAACAUUGAUUCAAUGGAGUUUGCAUCUGCUUCAUUCUCCCUGUUCUUGAAGCAUGCACCAUUUUAUAUGCUCUUUCCUUUUAUUCCAAGCAUUUAUAGGUUUGAUUUGUCCGCUCAGGGGGGUUUGCAAGAUCUUAUUCUGGCUACUCUUUCUGAGAGGACACCAGAUUAUAUUAUAUCCUCAUUUCUAUAUGUGCUACUUUGGUUGAAUGAAGCACACAGAUCCUAUCGAAUUGAGCCACGGGAUGAAUUAGAAAAGCUUUCUGAAUGGUGCUUUUCCAUUAUGGAUCACAUGCUGAGACGAUUAGUUAACACUAAAGUUGAUUCAAGCUUGAAAUGCACCAGGUCUCUUUUAGCAACCAAGUGUGUGUUAGAACUAAUUCCAACGAUCAUUUCUCACCCCACUGUUACAGCUGCACUGGAGUGCCCUAUACCAAGUAAUGCUGUUCUUACAGAUAUUUAUAUUGGGGACAGUAUGGACAAAUUUGUUGAAUCAAAUAAGUGGAAGGUGAUUCACAAAAUGGAUCUACAUGCCAUAAACUUUUUAAGAACGACAUCUGAGCUCUUCAUGUAUUUUUGCUGUGGGCAAAGGUCUUCAUUUGUAGCUUUUCAUGCUAGACAUGUCACACAUUCUUUCAAAAAUAUGGUGCAAAAAUUAUUGUUGACAUUCAGGGAUUCAAUUGAUAAAUGUAUAGAAGAUAAGGAUUUGGCCGUGCUGUUUCCAAAGGUCUAUGCGUUACACUCUUUGAGGCAAUUCAUCUCUCCCUUUGACCUGCUUGAAUGUGUGAAUUGGAUGCUCUCUAGAAUAGACCUUGAGGAUUGCUCCUUACAGAAGUCUUUCAGAGAUUCCUUCUUCUGUGUUGGAUUACAAUUUGCUUGUUCUGCUUUUGGUUCUCUUUCAGCUUCUUUGCGGCAGCCACAUCAUGAAAGAUCAACAUUUGAGUUGUUUUGGGGAAUGCAUGAAGAACAAUCUCAAGUUGUGCUUCUAGAGAAAAUUCUUUUGCAAGUAUACAAGAUUGCCACUCAUCUUCAUCUAGAUGUUGCUAAUAUGUGCUUACUUCAGGCCUUUAAAAUGGUGAAAACUCAUGGAGUUAUAAUGAAGUCAAGUCUUACUUUAGUUAUGGCUAUAUCAAGACUUAUGUCAUAUGUUCCUGUAGACAUGAUUUCUUAUUGUAUGUUCCAAGUUACUAAGAGAAAAGCUGAAGUGCUGUUCCUUGUAGCCGAAACAAGCCCGAUACAUCUUUCAAUAUUCGGCCAACUUUUAUAUGGCAUGUUUGAAAAACAGGCUCAUCUGAAGACCAAUGCAACAAGAGGAACUUCUAAUCCUUCUGAGCUUGAGUUGUUGAUGCUUCUUCCCACAGUAUUCUUGUAUUUAGAUUCAGUUCUUAAUAAAGCUGCGAGCAAUGUAGAUUAUUUUGAGAAUGUAGUUUCUUUCUACUGGCAGAUAUUGUUGCAUGGUUUCUCUAAUUGGAAGUGCUAUGUUUCUAGAGAUAUGUUCGACAUGGAAUGUUGCGACCAACCAUGCUUAUCGAUGGAAGAAUAUAUGGAUAUUUUCUCCAGCAGCCUGUUAUCAAAAUCUGUUCUUAUGGUGCAACUUUGUUUUGCGGUAACCAAGGAUUUGGUUAAAUUUGAAAAUAGGUUGGAACUAUUUGACUCCGUUUGCCCUAAAAAAAGUACCUGUGUUGAUUUUCUGGAUUUUGAUCCUAGUCAAGUUGGUCUUUGUUCACCUAAGCACUUGUUGAACUUUGUAAAUAAGGCUGUUGCAAAGAUACACCUUUGCAGAACACUGCUAUUUCCUGAACAUAACAACUUCUCCUCUUUGCUGAAUGAAUACAAAAUGGAGACUCCUGCAAGUAUUCAAGCAAAGGUGAACUCAUCAAGAAUCUUGUUUUUGAAGAGGUUAGUCUCUUCGUGGCGAAAAAUGGUAAUGAAAAUCCCGAGGACUGCUAAUGACUCCUGUCAAACAGAUGUUGAAAAGUGUUCUGUGUUCAGAUUUUUGGAAGUUCUUAUUUUGAGAAAUGUUGUGGAACUUUCUAAAGAGAUGCACAAUUGCCUUAUCAAGUUGGACUCUCUUCGGUUCAUAGAGAAGUUUGCCGAGACAGCAUUGUUGCAUAGGUUUGAUGAUUCUACGACACUGCAGAAGCUUCGUUACAUCAUAUCUUUGCUAUUUGAAGGAAAGUUCUCAUGUGAUUCAAUAAUAAAAUUGAUGGUUCAUGACUCCCGAUUUGAACAAGCCAUUUGUUCUUUAAAUUUGUCAACUGGAAAUUCCCAGCUUGGUCUCACAUUCACUCCAUUGCCAAGCCUUAUGAAAUCUGUUGUCACCCCUUCCAUUGAUAAUAAUUCUAUUGAUAGGAAAGACAACCUGCAAGUGUUUAAGCAACAUCCACACAUGUUGGAACUUAUUAAAUUGCUUAGGGUAUUAUUCCAGGUCAUGUCCCGACAGGUAGAUCACGAAUCAGCAAAAGGCGUCGGUAUAAAUUUAAGAGAUUUGGUGUUUUUGUUACUAUCUUGUUACAAUGCAACUCUUUGUGAGGUUGACAUUGAGAUUUACAACCUUUUGAAUGAAAUCAUGUCAGUUAGUGACAGUUGUGCUCAAGGUAUUGCUGAAUGGGAUUAUCUCUGGGGCAAUGCAGCUGUGCUAGUCAAGAAAGAGAGAGAACUAGCACAAUCUGUUUCAUGCAAUCUAGGUGAUGCUGAAGAGACUGUGGAAUGCUGCAAAAUUCAGUUUAGGAAAAACCUACCUAUUGAUCCCAAGAUGUGUGCACAUACUGUGCUUUAUUUUCCGUAUUGGAGAAAAAGUAGUUCAGGAAUUGUGAACAAUGCUCAAAAGGAUUUUUCUGAUUGUACAAAUAAGGAUUAUUCUGCAGAAGUUAAGAACAGAUAUAUAUAUGAUCCCAUCUUCAUCUUACGAUUCUCAUUUCACUGUCUUUCAAUGAGCUAUAUCGAACCUGUUGAGUUCGCUAAUUUAGGCCUUCUUGCCGUCUCACUUGCGAGUAUAUCUUCUCCCGAUGAUGAUAUAAGGAAACUAGGAUAUGCAGUUCUUGAAAAAUUCAAGGAGGUUUUAGAGAAAUGUCAGAAGAGGAAGGAUUUGAUGGGUCUGCAACUCCUACUGUCGUAUUUGCAGAAUGGUGUAGAAGAAGAUUGGCAGAAAAUUUCCUCUGUAACUGCCAUAUUCAUUGCAGAGGCCUCACUUGUUCUUUUGAAUCGUUCCCAUGAUCGUUACUCAACUAUAACUAAGCACCUAACACGGUCUCCCAGUAUGAGUUUCAAGGGUGUACCAUUGUUCCAGGAUUCGUUCUGGAGUAAUUCUGUUAGUUUCAGAACAGACAGGUUGUGGAUACUUCAUUUAUUGUACUCAGGGUUGAACACAGAGGGUGAUGUUCAUAUAUACAUCAGAAACUCCAUUUUUGAGACCCUUCUAAGUUUCUAUGUAUCUCCUCUUGCUGAUAAUGAAUCAAAAGAACUGAUUAUUCAGAUCGUCAAGAAGUCUACCAAACUGCCUAAAAUGGUGCGGCACUUAGUUGAACAUUGUGGUUUGGUCUCAUGGCUUUCCUCAGUUGUCACACGCUACUGCAGAAUUAAAUACAAUGAGUGGAAAGGUUUUCAGUUCACUCAUUUGGCUUUUGUCCUGGAGUGUUAUUGAAUAGUGGCUGAUUUUGUGACAUC